CCGCAGCCUGGGCUGCACGGAGGACGGACGAGGCUCGUCUGGUGAGAGCUGGGGUUUGUCGCUGGUCCUCCGCCUUGCUACGGAUAACACAGGCGCUGAGAGAACUGAGCCUGGCCCUCUUCUCCACCACCCGGUCAGAUUGACAGCACGCACGGGAAGAUCACAGCGGUCCGGAGGAAGCGUGAGAAGCUGACCGAGGCAGGCGAAGAUGCCGCGCUGAGCAUCCCGCUGGCCUCCGGACACAGCGUGACCUUUGACCUCAGGGCCGACCUGGAGACCGUUAAGCAGGAGCAGGAGGAGAAGCAGACAGAGAAAGAGGAGGUGGCUGACCGGUGUAAGGACGCGGAGGCCACGUCGGGCACGGAGGACGGGAAGAAGCUGUUUGAUGCCUCCGGAGACUGAAAAAAGUUGAGAGGAGGGAGACACGCAGAUCUGCAGCCAUGUCUGAGGCACCAAACUGCUGAAGAAGGCCAUGUCUAUGCUGGAGACUGAUAAAGAAGAGAGGAAAGUGGAGAGAGAGAGAACGCUGGCUGAAAGAGUCCCGCCUCUCCAAAUGUCCGGCUUGUCUCUGCAGGAUCUACAGAAUAUCUGCAAAGAGCUACACCAGAAAAUUGACUGUGUUGAUGAGGAGCGGUACGACAUUGCCCUGAAAGUGUCCAAAAACGAGCGGGAGAUUCAGGACCUUUCUCAGAAGAUCUUUGAGCUGAAGGGCAAGAUGAAGAGACCAAACCUGAGAAGGGUGAGGGUGUCGGCGGAUGCCAUGCUGGGCGCUCUGCUGGGCUCCAAGGUCAAAGAGUCUGUGGAUUUCAAGGCCAACCUCAAGACGGUGAAGAAAGAGGAGGAGAAGAAAGAGGAAGUGACUGACUGGCGUAAGAACGUGGACGCCAUGUCCGGUAUGGAGGGCAGGAAGAAGCUGUUUGAUGCCGGACAGUAGAUCCCUGAGGAAUGUCUCUGUGCAGAUGUUCCCUGCUCGAGUUUGGUCGGAACAGUUCAGGGAUAUGACUGUUGGUCACUUGUUUCUGUUUGAUGACAGUCGAGACAUAAAACAGU